AUGCUUUUCGUGGAUCUGAGGCUGGGCAAGAAGCAUGUGGCCGGUGAGGUGUCUCCACCCAUCACUGACCAUUCGGCACCCUCCGAGAGCCAUGGUGAGCGGAUGGCGCGCAGUAGCUUGAAGAAGGCGGCGGAAAGCCUGCCAGAGAUGGAUCGGGUGCUGGGGCAGCUGCCGAAAGCCGUCAAGGAGUUCACCACGGCCUACAGUGAGCUGAGUAGUGAUGCGUUGUUGGAGGGACCGCCCAACUUGGACCCCGCCAAGGCCCUAAGACAGGUGGGGCGCUCAGGCGAGCGACGGCGCGCGAGCGAUGAAGGUCCACUGAUAGGUCGUUUGGCAUUUCCGAGAUCUGUCUUGGAGGAGCACCGAGCGGACCACGCCGUCGACAUCGGUCGCUCGCCUCGGCGUGAAGGGAUGGCCUUGGCCGGUUCGCGAAGAUUUGUUGCGCAGGGCGUUGCAGCGAGGAGGAAGAGGACCUCCAUCCAUCCUGAACAGGCGGAGAAGCUCUGCAAAAUCUUUGUGGAGCCGCUGAAUGUGAUGCAGGUGGUCGUUUCGGAGGUGAGUUUCGGCAUCGUGAAAUGUUUGAAGGAGAUCUUACGGCAGGCAAUUACUCCCAUGCUGUCCUCAGAUGAAAGGCAACGGCCAGCUGGACGAGUUUUGGUGCGGACGGGCUUAGGUGCAGAAGAGGGCAGCACUUUGUGUGGGGCAGUUGCCGACCUGAUGCAGGCGGCCGAAGAGGCUGGGUCUGCCGAUGUCACGGUCUUCCCACGGGAACAGGAGUUCAAGCAGAGAGAUCGGGCAAACGUUUCGAAGCAUCGACACGAGACGAAGCGCUUAGAUCCGAUUCGAAGCCCGUCGACGGGAGAUGAUGCGAGCAACAACAUUCCAAUCCAAGCGCUUGAAUGCGCUUGGGCAUCUUCAGCGCUUCUCAAUGAAUUGACGGUGAUGCUGAUCAGAGAGGUCCUUGGUUUCCAUGCAGACAUUGCUCCCCAGGUGGGUGCCAGUGGGGCUUCUCCCAUCUACGCAUUGGCCGGAUGCGUUGACUUUGAUCAUGCAACCGAGAAGAAUUGUGGCUCUCAAGAGACGCAGAUCCAUGUGAGUGUGGACAGCUGGGUUGGAAGCUACGCAUCCGCUCAGAACAAUUUCGCGAAGGAAUACCCAAGGAUUGCAGCAGAGGAUUUGGGGAGUAUGGGAUACUCUGGAGAGGAGUCCAUGUACGUGAGCCAGGAGAUUCUCCAUGCUGCCUACAGUGAAUCAGGUCUGGCCCUGGACUUCUACAAAAGUUCGUGUCCAAGAUCAACUUUGAGCUACCGGAAGUGCAGAAGCUCCUGCUGGAGCUGGGGCAGUCCUCCGCCUACAACGUGUCCUGCCAGUGGAUGCGAGACCACCGAGCCAGGUGGUCAGCCUGGAAACCCGUGGAGACCAGCUGCUAUGAAGGCUUUGGCUUGGUCGAUGCGUUUGGAGGCUUCGUCUCGAACAGGACAAGUGCAGUUGGAUGCGGCCUGUGCCAGGCAGGAACUGCAUCGGAGGAGCUCAUUGAUGAUGUGGGAAGAACCUUCCAACGCAAACAAUGCCCUCCUGGCUACAGUCAAUCAAACACAUACUCCACCCAAUGUGAGCCGUGUCCAAAGGGCACUUCAGCCAGCAGUUUUGGGAGCACAACGUGCACUCCCUGCGAUGAAGGGGACUAUCAACCAGAUGCAGCUCAGACCUCGUGCAUCUCUUGUGGCGCUUCCCGAACGACCCUGUUGUUGGGUGCAUCAUCUCUCGCAGAUUGCGUGUGCCAGGCAGGGAAAAUCGAGCAGGAUUCCACUUGCAUGGAUUGUGAUGAGGAAAGCGUGCAUUGUCCAAAAGGUAGCACUAUUGCAAAGCUUGAAGCAGCUUCCGGAACCACGGACUUGA